AUGACGUCUGAUCAACGACUCAUUCUUCCUUUCGUUGCCUGUGGCGACCUCUCCGGUUACGAUGCUGACGCCUGCUACGAACUGGACGAUGACUAUGUUUCCCUUGACCCCGUGCAACCCCCCAUCGAUCCGGCCUACCUUGAGGUUUGCCGCAAAGCGCGCACCAAGGCAGCCCACGACGAGGCAGCCAUAAUUACCGGAUUGAUGGAGGCCACUAAACUCUCCUAG